AUGAGAUGUCAUGCUCUGAUCAUCUUGACAAGUAGCUUGAUCACCGCCGCAUAUCCCACAGAAUUCAUGUCCUACGUCUUGCGCUUCGUCCGCAUCGGCCAAUCGCUGUGCGUCGAGGGCAAUGUGACCGCUGCGGGCGUCUACGUGGACGGCAGAUUUACAACAAAUGUCAGAGUGGCCAGUGACCACAUCUGGAUUCAAACUCAAAAGCCCAAAGGCGAUCUCAUGCUGAUCCGCCACGAACGUAUCAUGUCGCCGAGCAUGGUCAGCUAUGUGGCAACAUUGUCCAUCGGAGGCGCUUUCAGGCCGGAUCCUGAACUGGCCGUUGCCGACUGUUGCGCAGGCGAUGCGCGUUUCUACUGGACAUUCAUCUUCAGCGCGACACACUUUCAUUCGGAGCUCCUGUCCCAGGGCUCUCACAAUCGAUGCGGACCAGGUCCGGGGCCCAGUUGUCCAAUGUUCUUCUCGGAAUGGGAGCCAUGGCGACAUUGUAGCAACCCAACGAGCUCCUUUGUGGUCAUGUAG